AUGCUGCCCCCGGGGCGCAACGGCUCAGCAGACCGUGCACGAUUAGGGCUUCGGCAGCAGCUGGCACAGGCGGGCGCCGUGGGAGACUCAGCAGGGGCGGUGCCGUGGGGACCCGCGCAGGUGGUCACCGCAGGCCUCCUGACUCUGCUCAUCGUCUGGACCCUGCUGGGCAAUGUGCUGGUGUGCAUAGCCAUCGUGUGCAGCCGGUACCUACGCGCCAGGAUGACCAACGUCUUCAUCGUGUCUCUGGCUGUGUCGGAUCUCCUGGUGGCACUGCUGGUGAUGCCCUGGAAGGCGGUUGCUGAGGUGGCCGGAUACUGGCCCUUCGGGGCGUUCUGCGACGUCUGGGUGGCUUUUGACAUCAUGUGCUCCACCGCCUCUAUCCUCAAUCUGUGUGUCAUCAGCGUAGAUCGCUACUGGGCCAUCUCUUGGCCCUUCCGCUACGAGCGCAAGAUGACCCAGCGCGUAGCCUUGGUCAUGGUGGGCGUCGUGUGGACCUUGUCCAUCCUCAUCUCCUUCCUCCCAGUACAGCUCAAUUGGCACCGGGAGAAGGCAAGUCCCUGGGCCAGGGCGGACUUGCCUUCCAGCCUGGCCAACGUCACACCCUGGGAGGAGACUGGGGAGCCAGAGGCUAGGGCACAGAACUGUGACUCUAGCCUGAAUCGGACUUAUGCCAUCUCCUCCUCACUCAUCAGCUUCUACAUCCCAGUGGGUAUCAUGGUCGUGACAUAUACACGCAUCUACCGCAUUGCACAGGUGCAGAUCCGCCGCAUCUCCUCGCUGGAGCGUGCAGUGGAGCACGCGCAGAGCUGCCAGGGCAGCGCCACGCCCUGCAUGCCGGAUGCUGGCCUACGGGCGUCCAUCAGGAAGGAGACUAAGGUGCUCAAGACCCUGUCGGUGAUCAUGGGGGUCUUCGUGUGUUGCUGGCUGCCAUUCUUCAUCCUCAACUGCACGGUUCCAUUCUGCGGUGGAAACCCCACGGGCCAGCGGGCUGGCUUCCCGUGCGUCAGCGAGACCACCUUCGACGUCUUUGUCUGGUUUGGCUGGGCCAACUCCUCGCUGAACCCGGUCAUCUAUGCCUGCAACGCUGACUUCCGGAGAGUGUUUGCGCAGCUGCUGGGCUGUGGCCCCUUCUGCUCGCGCACGGCCGUGGAGACCGUGAACAUCAGCAACGAGCUCCUCAGCUACCACCGAGACACGGCCUUCCCCAGGGAGGUGGCGGCCGCCUACGUCCACGUGAUCCCUAAUGCCGUGAGCCCCGGAGAUGGUGAGGUCGGUGAGCAGGAGGAGGCACGCGCCUUCGACCGAGGGUCUCAGGGCUCUCACAAGUCCUCAGAUGGAGAAGCGGCUGCCGAGCCUGUAUGGGAACUGGACUGUGAGGGGGACAGCUCCUUAGGCAAAAUAACACCUUUCACUUCCAAUGGAUUCCACUGA